CGCUCGAGCGCAGGGGCGCGCGCCGCUCUCGUCGCCCGCCCCCCGGACGGAGGGCCGCCGCCCCAUGCGACCCGCUGCGUCCCGGGGGCUGCUCCGGAUCCUCGGCCGGAAGAUGGGAGAGGCGUCGUCCACGCUCCCCGGCCGGGCCGAGACCCUGCAAGUCACCGGCAGACACCACGUCAGCGGGAACAGGACGGUGGCCCCCUUCCCGGAAGGCACCCAGAUGGUCACGUUUGGCAUGGGCUGCUUCUGGGGUGCCGAGAGGAAGUUCUGGCAGCAGAAAGGAGUGUACAGCACGCACGUAGGCUACGCGGGGGGCCACACCCCAAACCCCACCUACAAGGAGGUGUGCUCAGGGAAAACCGGCCACGCGGAGUGUGUCAGAGUCGUGUACUACCCGGAACGCAUCAGCUUCGAGGACCUGCUGCGAGUCUUCUGGGAGAACCAUGACCCCACUCAAGGAAUGCGCCAGGGCAAUGACUUCGGCACUCAGUACCGAUCGGCCAUCUUCCCGGCGGCAGCGGGUCAGCUGGAGGCCGCGCUGAACUCCAGGGAGAAGUACCAGAAGGUGCUGACGGACAACGGCUUCGGCGCCAUCACCACCGACAUCCGGGAGGGACAGGAGUUCUACUACGCGGAAGAAUACCACCAGCAGUAUCUCAGCAAGAACCCCCACGGCUACUGCGGGCUCGGGGGCACCGGCGUCUCUUGCCCCAUUGGAAUCAGGAAGUGAUUGGCAGCUCUGCCCCCGCCCCGUGCGCUGAUUUGCUGAUUGCCUGGCGCCCCCGGCUGACCGGGCACUGGCGGCAGUGGGAACGCUGGCCAGACGGGCUGGAGGGCAGGGCAACUGCCUCCCUCCCUUCUGCCCUUUCACCUUUUGGAAGACCACGCCCAUUCCAUCACCAGCCACUCUUUACCCACCUCCCGGCACCAGACCGUGCCCAUUCCUUAUCAUGCCCCCUCGCCCAGCCACACCCACUCCACCCCACUGGGCCCCGUCCACCUCUCCCUGUCCGGCCCUGUUCCUCAGUCCCCCGCCAAGCCGUGUCCCCGACCUGCACACCAAUAAAAGCCAUUCCUAUCACUG